ACCCCUUCACUAACGCUGACACGGCUCACACCGCUGUAAUGUGCUCACGCUUUAAUCUCUGAAAACAACAUUAAAUAUUUAUUUCUUGGAUUUGAUAGUCGGGACGGUAGACGGGAGCACCAUGAGCACCAUGUUUGCGGACACCAUCCUGAUCGUGUUUAUCUCUGUCUGCACGGCGCUGUUAGCCGAAGGGAUCACCUGGGUUUUAGUGUAUCGCACUGAAAAGUAUAAGAGGCUAAAGGCUGAAGUGGAAAAACAAAGCAAAAAACUCGAGAAGAAGAAAGAAACUAUCACAGAAUCUGCAGGACGUCAACAAAAGAAGAAAAUUGAAAGACAAGAAGAGAAGCUGAAGAACAACAACAGAGACUUGUCUAUGGUGCGCAUGAAGUCCAUGUUCGCCAUUGGCUUCUGCUUCACCGCUUUGAUGGGCAUGUUCAACUCCAUCUUUGACGGAAGAGUUGUGGCCAAAUUGCCAUUCGUGCCGCUGUCCUACAUCCAGGGUCUGUCCCACCGCAACCUGCUGGGCGAAGAUUACACGGACUGCUCCUUUAUCUUCCUCUACAUCCUCUGCACCAUGUCCAUCAGACAGAACAUCCAGAAGAUGCUCGGCCUUGCACCUUCCAGAGCUGCAACUAAACAGGCCGGAGGCUUCCUGGGACCUCCUCCUCAAGCAGCUAAGUUCUCCUAAAUCUUCAGACGGGUCGAGCGGUGCAGCUCCGGCACCGUGUGCAGUCGUGGCUCCGUCAUCAGAGCACAGACAGAACUGAAUCUGCCGCGCCGGAGCCAAAGCGUCGCCUGCAGCUACUAUCACUACCUGAUGAUGGAUUUCUCACUCACGUUUUGUUUAUUUAACUUAAAGAUUGUCUCACUUAGAAAUAAGAGGAAGAAAAGUAGUUCUUAAUUACGUUGAUUACCAAAGGAUACAAAUGUCUACCUUGUGUUCAGCGCGUCACACACAGUUUUUGUUUUUAAUUGGCACAGAAACAUCGGAUCCAUUUGUCAGUAUUAUUGUAUGACAUCAUCUGUAUCCUUAUUCCUUCAUUUUAAUAAAGUUUUAUGGAUA